AUGGAAAUGUGGAUAAUUGUGUCACUCCUUCUCAUGCGCCCAGUUUUCUGCAGCAUUUCCCUGGAUGGUUUCCAUGGCCAGUUCACAUCUCUCAAUUACCCCCAAGGCUACCCUGACAAUGAGCAGCAGAGCUGGGAUAUCCAAGUUCCGAGGGGCUAUGGCAUCAAACUCUACUUCAGCCACAUCAACAUAGAGCCAUCAGCCAACUGUGCCUAUGACUAUGUGCAGAUCUUUUGUGAUGAAGCACUUCAUCCUCCGAUCUGUGGAAGUAGCAAAGAGGAGGGAGAUUUCCAAUUCCCCCAAGAAUACCACACCACAGGAAAUUGGAUGAAAGUCACUUUUAAAUCAGAUUUCUCCAAUGAAGAACGUUAUACUGGAUUUGUUGCCUACUAUACAGCAAUUGAUGUCGAUGAAUGUAAGGAAGAGGAUCCUUGCAGCCAUUAUUGCAACAACUAUAUUGGAGGAUUUCAUUGCUCCUGCCGCCCAGGCUACUUCUUGCAAGAAAACCAAAGAAUCUGUGGGGUGAACUGCAGUGGGGAAGUGUUCACAAAAUUCAAGGGUAUCAUCACCAGCCCAAAUUAUCCUGAAGUUUAUGCAGAGAAUUCCGAGUGCCAUUACAGAAUCCAGAUCGACCCAGGAUUUGAGGUGAUCCUGCAAUUCGCAGAGGAUUUCGAAGUGGAAGGGGAUCCUUCAACUGGCUGUUUGUCCGAUAUCCUGAAGAUCACAUCUGGAGAAAAAGAAUAUGGCCCCUUCUGUGGAGAUAGUGCUCCGGUUAUUCAUGAACUUCUGUCAAAUGAAGUGGAGAUAACUUUCCGCACCGAUGAUCAAGGAGAGAAGAAAGGGUGGAAAAUAAUGUACAAAUCAACCGCCAAACAAUGUCCCACUUACAUCUUGGAGCAUAAUGUUAUUCAGCCGAAUAAAUCAGAGUAUGAUUAUAAGGACAUUGUACAACUGAGCUGUGAUGUUGGGUUUGAGCUCUACGAUUCAAAGCAAAAAGAGCACAUCAGUUCCGCCAUGCUGCAUUGCCAGAAGGAUGGGACAUGGAAUAGUGACCCAUAUUCCUGCAGACCUGUGAACUGCGGACCUCCCAGUAAACUGACAAAUGGACAUGAGAACUUCACAUCCACAGUUUACAGACACUGGAAUACGUACAGCUGUGAAGAACCAUACUAUAAACUUGAAGGAAACGCUGUCUUUGAAUGCUCGGCUGAUGCUGAAUGGGUGGACGUUACGAGUCAUCAGACGACCAUACCCAAGUGUAAACCAGUCUGUGGAAUGAGCCGACUCUCCUCUAAAGCUGGGCGCAUCUUCGGUGGCAGACCAGCUGAGUUGGGCGAUUUUCCCUGGCAGCUGCGUUUGAUCAUUGGUGGAUCUACAUAUGGGGGUGGAGCCCUGAUAUCCGAUGGUUGGGUGCUGACGGCUGCUCAUCUCUUUGACAAUUCGCAUCAGGUGAAUAUUCAUGGUGGGAUUGUUGACAUGAGACAUAGGUCACGAGAAAACCAACUCCCUGUGGAAGAGGUCAUUAUGCACCCAGACUAUAAGAAACAAGUCAAAGGAGCACAACCCAACUUUAAUCAUGACAUUGCCCUGAUUAAACUCAAGCAGAAGGUCAAACUUGGAGGAAAAUUGUCCCCUGUGUGCCUGCCUAACCCAAAAAAGGCUUCAUCACUGCAGCAUGGCAAACUGGGCUACAUUUCAGGGUGGGGAAGAACAGAAAGACAUCAGAAGACUGUCUUCCUGCAGUAUGCUGAGAUACCUAUUGCCAGCAUGGACCACUGCACGGAUUCAAACUAUGAGGAACCAAAGCCAAAUUUCACCUCCAACAUGAUCUGUGCUGGAAAAAGUGGUGUGGACUCCUGCCAGGGUGACAGUGGGGGACCCUUUGUGUUCAAGGAGGCCCGGGACCUGAAUCGUUAUGUGACCAGGGGCAUUGUGUCUUUUGGACCCAAGAAUUGUGGCAUUAAUGGGGUGUAUACUCAUGUGGAGAAGUACCUGGACUGGAUUGACACAACCAUAAAGAAAUAUGAAAGCAGUGAGGAGAACUGA